CGCGACUUGUGCAGCAGCUGCCGCAUUUCCAAUUGGCAGAUUAUACAACAAAAGUCGAAAUUUGUAAAUAAAUUAGAAAUUUAAUAAUUAUCAAUUAAAGAGUCAGUCAAGGCUAAUCAGAACACAUAUAACAUGAGUAACUUGACGGCGGCACUUAGCCUGUUCAGGCAGCGUUUAAUGGCACCGGCACUGGCCACUUCGGCACGUUGUUAUGCUGUGAAACCGGCAGCUCCAGCGGGCAAGAAGAAAAAGCUUGGCAAGCUGGGUCCCAUCAUGGAGAAAAAGGUUAUUCCUGUGGAAACGGACGCCAACAAGCUUGUGAACUAUGUGUGCGGAAGCAACUACCUUAAAACCGGCGAGGAUGUCAAGAUUAAGCCGGAUUCCGAGUACCCCGACUGGCUUUGGACCCUCAAUACGGAGCGCAUUAUCCCCCUGGAUGAGCUGGAUCCGAAUACGAAGCAGUACUGGCGGCGCCUCCGGAAAAUGGCGCUGCGUCGCAACAACCAGUUGUCAAAGCUAAAGAAGUUUUAGACGCUCCCCCGUAGCCUUAGUUGUUAUUGUUUAUCUUGGAGACCAGCAGCUGGCCCUCAACCCGCCCGUGAGGGUAUCAUGCUGGGCAUUGUUUGCCAUGCUUUCCGGAGCAACAAGUGUGCAAACACUUCGAUUUUUGUAUGUUCUCCGCUGAAUUCUCGCAAAUACAUCUACACUGUCUUACACUCCCUUA